CCAGUACACUAAAGUAGUCCAUUGCUGUGUCUAGAAAGCUUAGUAGUUGCGCAUAUCCACCUUUUUUUAUCCUGUCGUAAAUUUACUAUUGCUAUAUCUAUAACUUGACACGACUAAUUUCAUAAGCUACGGUUGUCAUGGACAUUAAGUUCAUUGUAAAAUUACCUGCUCAUGAAAUAAAGCAAAUAACUGCACUUUUCCUAUACUACUGAAAACUGCUGCUUACAGUUUGGACUAACUAUAGGAUAUUAGAAAAUUCUAACAUUUUAAAUAUAUCGGCUUCUUCUUUAUGAUGGACCAUAAAUAUUUUUUCAUUUAAAACACCUUUUUUAAAUGAAGAAAUUUCCUACUGUUUACUUAUUUACAUAUGGUUGUGUAAGGCUUCCACUAACGUACUACGAUUCAUUCCUGUAUCAGAAGUUUAGCUUCAUCGUAAUAUUUUGCUAAACGUGUAUGUUAGACUUCGAGGAAUUGGUAACUUCCACCUUUCUCUAACGAAAGUUAAACAUAAUGACCUCGAGAAUGGCGCAGAAGCCCGCAUAUGAGCUUUUCUCAAAGGACACAAGGGCCUUUGUUUACGGGAUGCAAACAAAGGCCGUCCAAGGAAUGCUUGAUUUUGAUUAUAUGUGUGGUAGAAAAGUACCCUCUGUCGCUGCCAUAAUAUACACUUUUGGUAGUCAAAGUAUUACAAAGAUGUACUGGGGAACGAAGGAGAUUCUUUUGCCAGUAUACCGUACAGUGGAAGAGGCUUGUGCUAAACAUCCUGAUGUUGAUGUGGUUGUUAAUUUUGCUUCCAGUCGUAGUGCCUUUUCCUCAACAAUGGAGCUGAUGGAUUACCCCCAAAUCCGUUGCAUUGCUAUUAUAGCCGAAGGUGUUCCCGAGCGUCGGGCUCGUGAAAUUUUGAUUAAAUCUAAAGAAAAGAAUGUUGUUAUUGUAGGACCUGCCACUGUUGGUGGUAUCAAGCCAGGCUGUUUCAAGAUUGGUAACACGGGGGGUAUGAUGGACAACAUUGUCGCAUCAAGGCUUUAUCGUCCUGGUUCUGUUGCUUAUGUUUCCAAGUCUGGUGGUAUGUCUAACGAAUUGAACAACAUUAUUUCUCACACCACUGAUGGUGUCUACGAGGGUAUCGCUAUCGGUGGUGACCGUUAUCCUGGAACCACUUUUAUUGACCAUCUUUUCCGCUUUGAAGCCGACCCUAAUUGCAAAUUGAUGGUACUACUAGGAGAAGUUGGUGGUGUCGAGGAAUAUCGAGUCAUUGAAGCCAUUAACAACGGUACCAUCAAGAAACCCAUUGUGGCAUGGGCUAUUGGUACCUGCUCUAGCAUGUUCAAGACUGAAGUUCAGUUUGGUCAUGCUGGUUCUUUUGCAAACUCUGAAAUGGAAACUGCAGUAGCUAAAAACAAGGCUAUGAGGGAUGCUGGCAUAUUUGUUCCCGAUACUUUUGAGAAUCUCCCAGCUUUGUUACAUGAUGUUUAUGAAGAACUUGUUAAAAAGGGCGUCAUCAUCCCUAAACCUGAUCAAACACCUCCUAAUAUUCCACUGGAUUAUGCCUGGGCUAAGGAAUUAAACUUAGUUCGCAAGCCUUCUUCCUUUAUUUGCUCUAUCUCUAAUGACCGUGGUCCCGAAUUAACCUAUAGUAAUGUUCCUAUCAGCAAAGUGUUUGAAGACGAUCUCGGAAUUGGAGGUGUUAUAUCUUUGUUAUGGUUCCGUCGUCGUCUUCCUUCCUAUGCUACAAAGUUUUUAGAAAUGAUCCUUCAACUUACUGCUGACCAUGGUCCUUGUGUCUCCGGUGCCAUGAAUACUAUCAUUACCACAAGAGCUGGUAAGGAUUUGAUUUCUUCUUUAGUUGCUGGUUUACUUACCAUUGGUACCCGUUUCGGUGGUGCUUUGGAUGGUGCUGCACAAGAAUUUUCUAAAGCUUUCGAUUCCGGUUUAUCUCCACGUGCCUUUGUUGAUAGCUGCAGAAAAGCUAACAAACUUAUUCCCGGUAUCGGACACAGAAUUAAGAGUAGAAACAACCCUGACCUUCGUGUUGAGUUGGUGAAGCAAUACGUCAAAAAACACUUUCCUUCCACCAAGCUUUUAGACUAUGCUUUGGCGGUUGAAAAUGUCACUACUUCUAAAAAGGAUAAUUUGAUUUUGAAUGUUGAUGGUUGUAUUGCAGUUUGUUUUGUUGAUUUACUCCGUAACUGUGGUGAGUUCACCUUGGAAGAGGCGAAUGAAUACAUCAAUUUGGGUAUUUUGAACGGCAUGUUUGUUCUUGGACGCAGUAUAGGUCUUAUUGGUCAUCACCUUGACCAAAAGCGCUUAAGAGCUCCUCUUUACCGUCAUCCCUGGGAUGACUUUUUGUAUCUUUCUUAAAUUGACCUACGACUUCGUCAUUUCUUUACUUUUUUUUGGUUUAUGGUAUAAAUCUUCUCAUACUUUUGCUAUGUUUUUAAGUCUUUUCAUUACAUUUUUCUUCUUUCAAUAGAACAAAAUUGAAUAAUAUCUAUGAUUAUAUUACUUUAAUCUAAACUAGUUCAAGUUAUUUUACAUUUCGGAGUCUAAUAUUGUUCCAUACCUGCAACCCUCUAAGGCCUUUUGUAAAUGUUUUGAGGAGUGACAAGUAAGUCAAGAAACUCAUCUAAAGGACUCAUUGGAAUUUGACCAUUUGGGAGAACUUGUUUGGAUAAACAAAUUCCAACUAGGUUUUGACUCAGUAAGGAUAAUCAAUUCACAGAGAAAGUUGCCAUACCUUUGAAGAUGUCACAUCUAGAAGGUUUUUGGAAGCACCAGGCUUUGUAACGAUGAACAAAAUCAUCAUAAAAACCUCUGCCAUGACCAAGUCGUGCUAAGUUAGAAUCGAAGGCUACACCGGGCAUGAUGAUUAAAUCACAGAAAGUUUCAUCAUCCAUAACUAUUUUAUAUAGUCAAUUAACAGAAAUAAGUAUUUCCAUACAAACCUUUUGGGGAAGAUCCAUCUGGUUCAGGGAUUUGCCAUUGAUUUUUGAUCAGAUGGUUAGUAUUGUAUACUUGAUACAUCGACAUCGUAUGGCGUCCUUCGCAUCUUGGUAAAAAUACGUUUUUUCCUAUUCUGUAAGUAAUAUAUCUAAAUAGGAAUAACGGUGCAAACCUUGUUUCAGAGCUUCAUUGACAAGAUCGUGAGUACGUAUUUCCAUCUUGGGCAUGUUCAUGAAGAGACAAAUAUUCUUACUCUUCUUCCAUUCCGGAAGAUUUAGAACUUUCUCACAAACUGAAGUAGCUAGCUUGAGUCAGCUUAUCAUCAAGGUGCAAAUAGUUGUAUUUUUGUACAUUCAGCUUCAACCAGUUGGUCGCUUAGUCCAGCUAAUACUUUAGACAUCAAAGAGCG